GUUAUGUUUCAUAGCAUUUUAUGAUCUUCUAAGAUUCGGAAUUUGUAAAUAAUUUAUUGCACAAAUUGAUAUAUCCACAACUGAGAAAAAUAUAGAUUAUAUUUCCCUUACAUGCAAUGGAUGGAGUAGGAUUAUUCAAUACUUUUCUUCAAACACAUCAGCUUCAGUUAGAAUCUUCCGGGGUGCCAAGAAUAUUUUGGGAAGUUUUAUUUAAGAAACUUCAAUAUCAAACUUUUGAUUCUGAUACAGUGUUUCAGUUGAUAAGGAUUGAUUAUGACAAUAAUGAAAAAAGUUUAAGAGAUCCUGUUUGGAAACUUUUUGUUUCCUACGAGAAGGGAAUUUCUGCUCAAGAUCAAAAUAACAUUUAUUUAAUAGAUCAUGCAUGGAUAUACGAUUUUGGCAACGCUAAAGAAAAUUUAACAACUAUACCGGGACUAUUAGAUCGUAUGUGUUCCUUAAUGGGUUUUUCUACCGAUACAGAAGAAGAGGAAAAAUUAGAUUUUGUACUAAAUGAGAUGUGGCGAUAUAAUCAAUUUUUCUCCCUAAGUAGUGGAUCGAUAGAGGAUAGAAUGCCAAUUUGGUACAUUAUGGACGAAGUAGGAUCAGCAAUAAAUCAUAGCAGUGAACCUAACUUUAGGACAGUGCCUUUUUUGUAUUUACCAGAAGGUGUUACCUAUACACUUUUGUUUCCUAUAAAAGAUGUUGAUUGCGAAGAAGAAGUUACAAGAGAUUUUGUAGAAGGUCAAACAAAUGAUCCAGAAAAGCGGAGAGCUUUGUUGUUACCUUGGGUAGAGUCAUCGUUUCUUGGAGAAAGUUUUGCACAAGUAGAACCGGAUGAAAGUUACUUUUUGGCGUAUCAUAUUCGUGAAAGUCUACCGGAAGUAGCUAAUCUACAACUUGUUCAAAGAAAUAGAGACACAAAGUUAAAGGUUUACUCACAAUAUACAUAUAUAAACGAAUAUUUAAAUGACCAAGCAUUUGAAAUUGUGGAGAAUGAAGAUGAAGCUGAUAUUUUAUGGUACCUCUCGCACUUUAAGGAAUAUAAAGAAUUGAGCAUUCGAUCGCCACAUGUUUUCGUGAAUCAAUUCCCAUUCGAAAAUGUACUUACUAUUAAAGAUUUAUUGUCGAUCGUAUGCAGACGGAAAGUAGGUGAAAAAUCGUAUGAUCCUGAGACGCUUGAAACUUAUCCACAAUGGCUUCCGACUACUUUUAAUUUAAAUUUAGAAUUAGUACAAUUCAUGGCAUAUUUUGAACAGAGGGAAUCAAUGGGUUUAGAUAAUCAUUGGAUUUGUAAACCUUGGAAUCUUGCAAGGGGCUUAGACACUCAUAUUACAAGAAAUUUGUUCUAUAUUUUACGAUUACCUAGUACAGGGCCGAAGAUCGCACAGAAAUACAUUACGAAUCCGGUUUUAUACGAGAGGCCGGAAAUCGGAAAAGUUAAGUUCGACGUACGAUACAUAGUAAUGCUCAAGUCUGUAAAACCUCUAAGGAUGUUCGCCUACAGAAACUUCUUUUUAAGAUUUGCGAAUAAGGAAUUCGCUUUAAAUAAUUUCGACGUAUACGAACAACAUUUCACAGUGAUGAAUUAUUCAGAGGACACUCCACUUUGUCACGUAAAGUGUGCGGACUUUAUCUUGGAAUGGGAGAGUCAGUAUCCUGACUUUUCAUGGAGAGAGCACAUCGAGCCAAAAAUCUUGCACGUGUUCCGGGAGAUUUUCGAGGCUGCAAUGAUGGAAAAACCACCAAAAGGAAUUGCCGAGAGCCCGAGAAGUAGAGCCAUAUAUGCUAUCGAUUUAAUUCUCGAAUGGAAAAAGGGAACAAUGCAGCCUGUCUUACUGGAGAUUAAUUUUUCGCCCGACUGUAAAAGAGCUUGCGAGUAUUACCCGAAUUUCUACAAUGACAUCUUCAAAUGUCUAUUCCUGGACGUGAAUAAUCCGGAAGUAUUUCACGAUUUGAGCAUGGAGUAAAAUUAAAUACCUCGCUAAUCGAAAGUACGAUGGCCUAAGUGCAUGCUCGAACUAUAAAUAUCGAGAAGCUAUUAACGAUCGCUUCAUGGCCAGCCUCGUGGCCAAAUACAUUUAUUUAUUCAAAACUGCCGAGUCUCGCAUUUCGUAUGCGAUAAUGAGUUGAAGUAGCUCCAGUAAAUCUGCAUAUGCGAACGUUAAGGGUACAUUUGGCCCAUAAAUAAUUUGCACCUCCCAUAACUUGACGCCACAACGGCAAGACUACUGUAGUACCUAAUGGAAUAAUAAACGAGAGAGCAAUUGGUACAGUUUCACGACAGCUCACUUCGGUCACCAUCGCGUACGUACACUUUCAUUCCCUAGUGUAUGUUUCACGCAGAAAGAAAUGCACGACGAUGACGCCAAUUUUUUGUCGAUACUGUUCUCUUCGAGAAAAUACGACGAGCACGUAAUAAAUAUCGUUAUA